GAACUGGUGAAGAAGUCGUUAUGCACCAUAGAAACACUUUGCCUGUGUGCACAUGAUAGGGUCACAUACAUAUCCGUGUUUAAUUUGUAGCGUCCUUUUCCCCGAAGGACGGCUAUCUGGUGAGCGACAAAGGGCGAAUCGUUGCACUCCUCCAGUAUAGCUGACCGGCCCAGGAAGAAAAGAGACAGCCUCCCCCCAGUGAAGUUGGUACCCAGACAUCCUGCGUCCAGGUCACUGAGCAGACAUGGGUCGUCUGGAUGAUGCUGCCAAGCGCAAGGUGGUGGAGCUGCGAGAGGCGGGGCUCAGCUUCCGGAAAAUCAAGGCGGUGCUGGAACUGGAGAACAUCAAAGUGUCCGCCCAGGCCAUCUACCUGUUUCUGAAGGAGUUCCAGUCAAAGCCCCCAUCAGAGCAGGCGGGGGGCGGGGGUGUCAUGGCCGCACCUGUGUCUGUAGAAGCGAAUGCCAUUGCUGGGCACUCAGGUGGCUGGACCGACCAGCCCAUGUGGACUUUGGUCCGGGAGGCACCCCGUGGUAGCGGGUAUGGUCCUCCGGUAGAUUCCACAUCGCGUGUUGGGACCCCCCAGGCGGUGACAGGAAACCCUCCCAGGCCGUCUGUUGCUGGGGGUAGUAGCGGGACGGCUGUGCAGUCUGGGCGGGAGGCGGGCAAGGAUGAGGAGGAAAUCCAGAUAGUCAGCGUCACCUCACUGGCCCGCGGGGGGCCGCACAGGGGGCUCCAGGCCUCAGGGAUGGGGGUGGGUUUAGCAGCAGCCAGCCCCAGGCGGAGAGUCGCCAUGUCGCCGGCAUCCAACCCCACGCUGGCAGCUCGCAAGAGGUUGUUGGACAAGGCCCUGAUGCACAAAACUAGGAUAAGAGAGGCGCUUCCUCAGUCGGACCAACAGGGGGCGUCGCUGUAUAGAAAAGACCCAUCCUGCCUCCUGAGUUCUGACGUGAGGAAGCUCACCGUAAUGCCUCAGGCUCCCUCUUUCAGCUUGAAUUCCCCUCGGCCUCCGCUUGUGAGGAGCCGCUUUGGGGGGCAGCCUCCCGCUGGCGUCGCUCGACGGAUAUUCCAGCAGAGGGCGGGGGUGUCGGUCCGCUCCAUGCACCCCCCCCUCCAAAGAGACCCGUCGUCCUGCCCUGCCAUUCGAGUGGUCAACCCCGUGCCGUCGCCCCCCUCCGCCCAGGCUGCCGGCAUGGGUGCGGUGAGGUCACAGCCCGGCCUGCAGGAGCCGGCGAUGUGGAGCGGCCUGCAGGAGCAGGUGCAGACGCUGGCGGUGGAGCUGAGGAGCCUGGGGAUGGCGGUGCGGCUGCUGGCGGAGCAGCAGGGCCGUCUGGAGCGGGAGCAGAGCCAGCAGACACAGGUCCAGAGACAGAUCCUCAGCACGCUCCAGGGAAUCGCGUCCAGGCUGGCGCCCGGGAGGCAGUCACACUGCAGCAGGACGCCACCUCCUCCCGGCCCCCCCACCUAUAAUCAGGUCCCGUUUGAGCCCCCCUUGAGCAGCUACGCUCAGUGCAGUCCAGCCCAUCCCAAGACCUGCGAGUCGGACGGCUUGGCCCAGGAAGCCCUGGACGCCUAUAAGCUGGCUGGCCUGAGUCCCCGGGGGACAAACGGUUUUCAGGCAUGCAGCAGUGCCGACAGCUUCCCCGCAGGUCACACGUCCACCCAGUCACAGGCCCCGGUACAGAUGCGCACCCUGACCUACACGCAGGGCCAGACUCCGACGUACAGCCAGUCGUAUGUGGAAACGCAGAGCCCGGCUCCAGAAGGCCAUUUCCAGAGCUGCGGCCCACCCCCUCGGCCUUCCUCCAGCCCCGGGUCGCCGCUUCCUGUCUCAUCUCACGACCCCCAGUUGAACAUCAUUAAAGUGGAGACGCUCUGAAUCAGCGGAUGGCUGUCUGACAGGUUCACAGCAUAAGCACAGGCAGCAGAGGUCAGACGAAGGACCGUCAGAGCAUUCGGAACCUGCAUCUGAGAUGUGUACAGCGCAAGAGCCGAAAUGAAGUUUAUAAUGUAGCGGUGGGUUAGUAGUAGCUUGGAUGAUGAGAAGUGGAAGGUUUCUCUGUCCUAAAUAUGCCUACAUCAGGACCUGCAUACAAAGCUGGAUUGGAGAACCGUGAGAAUUCCCGGGGGACCAUCCUGGAAUGGGAAAAAAUUAAAUGUUAAUGCUAAUAGCAGGAAUACUCCAAAGGCCAGGCGGGGGCAUGGCGUUCCCUGGCUAAAGUGCCACUCCCACCCUGGCUGCCUGUCACUGACAGACAGAUCAAUACUUACUGUACACAUGCAUCACCUCACUUUUAUAUUUCCACAUUUCUGCAUUUAAACACCCUGUUUAUUCUUUUAAUGUUAUUUUUUUCCAUCUUAACUGUAUUACUGAUGAAUGCUUUAGUAAUAAACAUACAACUUACUGAAAAAA